UCUAGAUACUACUGAUAGUGUGAUUGUUUCUGCUGCGUUUGUCUAGAUUGUUUGCUUUGUUGAUGCUAUGUUUUUCUCCGGUCUUUUGGGUACUGAUGCUUCUUUCAGCUCUUUAUCUUGGUGGUGGUUUUGAAGCUAAUAAUGAUAUAGACAAAUAUAUUCAGAAUAAUGCUUUUGACUCGUUUUUCUAGUCUUUUGGGUACUGAUUCUUCUUUUUUGUUGAGAGAUGAUGUGAUUGAUGUUUGGAUUUUAUAAC